CCUGUUCAAAUCAUAGUGAACUGGGCCAAAUACAGGACGGGACUCUCUCCUACAUGACACCGGCAAAGCACACCUCGUGAUUCCAUGUUCGUCUAAAUUGCACAGUAACAGCGCCUGGUUUUUUUUAACUAUACACUUGUUUAAAAUGUACCACGGAUGGUUGAUUGUGCUACUAACAUCUGUACUAUUUCUUGCCUUUAAUGGCAUCAAGAUGAGUUGGGGCGUUUUUGUGACCACUUUUAGUAAAGAUACUGUGUUGGGAUCCUCGUCUCAAGCAACCCUAGGUGGUAUCCAAUCAGUCUUUUUCCUGUGCUGCAGCGCCACGAGCUUUAUAGGAAAGAUCACAUCAAAUCACAGCGGCUACAAGAUUUCAGCGUUUGUGGGGACGUUGUUGGUCGUAUUAGGAUUAAGCCUAUCUGCAAUUGCCCCCAGUGCUACAUACCUUAUAUUCUCCAAUGGCGUCCUAUACGGCCUCGGGAUGAACAUCCUUGUAUCGCCAUUAUUCUUCAUCGUAGCCGACUGGUUUCCAUGGGAACAUAGAUACCACGUGAUGUGCACUAGCUGGGCCAUGGUUACCAUGCCCCUAGGCACCGUCGUCUUCGGAAACUUAAUACAAUGGUUACACGAAUCUAUAGGAUGGAGAUACGGGUAUCUGGUUCUAGCGACCUUUUACGCGCUGUGGGCCACCGUAUCAAUCCACACGUUAUAUAAGCCAACUAAGGAGGUGUUACAAGAAGCGAUACAGCCAGAGUAUCUCAUUUGUCCAAAGCAGGAAGUCUCGCCCUCUGUUGAGAUAAAAUGGAGUAAGGCAAGUGGAGGAUUUAGGAUACACGUCAGCAGAUGGCGCUCACUGUUUGACUGCGGACGGCGUGGCGGGAUUUUUGAGUCGUCUGCUCGUGUCUGCACUGGGGGACCGUGUGAAAGGAAAUAUUCUCUACAUCUACGUAAUUUGUGCUGGUUUACUCAUGAUUAAUAACAUACUAGUCCCAUAUUUUACAACAUUGACGGGGAUGUUUAUAUUCAGUACUGUCUUAGGGCUUGGUCAAGGGCCCAUCAUAGCAGCUUGGUAUGCUUCCUGUGGUGAAGCACUCAGUGGACAGGAUGUACAGACUCUGUUUGUUAUAUUGUGGUCUGGCAUGGGAUUGGGAGCGGCUAUUGGCCCCUUUCUAUCGGGUGUUAUUUAUGAUAUUAGUGGAUCAUACAAGCCAGCGUUUUUAACCAUGGCUGCGCUAUACUUGGUCAAUGCACUCCUGACUGCAUCCAUCAUCCUUAUCAACAGUGUACAGAAAAAGUUAGCCAAGGUCGGAUCAGUGUGUCAGUAUUAGAAUGCCGCGUAAUCAUUUGCAGUCAUCAGGAAACACGAAAGAAGAUCUCAAUUAUUAUUAUUUUAAAAGGUCUGUGAACAUUUUAAACAGUUUUAUAUGUCCAAAUAUCUUGUCACCUAAUUUUUUGAGAGGAAACAAGCCAUUGUCGCUCAGGACUGUAAACAAAAGGAAUCUUGUGUGUGGUUAUGGUUAAUAGCCUCGUUGUGGUGUCAUGCACCGGAAAUCAAUAUGUCAAUCAGAGGAAAAACUUUUAGCACGAGUCGCGAGUUGUUCGGUUUCUAACUGGUGCCAUAUUUCUAAAAGUAGAAGAUGAUGUAGGGUGUACAAAAACUAUAACGCAGGAUUAUACUGGUAAUUUGUGAUUGACAUCUAUUAUACCGAAACUCCCCAAAGGACUACAUGUAGGACGAUGAAUUUGAAUAUAUAUUUUUUUAAUCUA